UACACUUAAUGUACCGUUGACCAAUCACAGAGCCGUGUUAACCUAUCAAAGAGGACCCUAAAGUCGUCUGUUUUAUCGACACGUUCGAAUAUCGUUUUUGAGCAACGGGGAUUUCAAUCUGGACAGUCGGCAUCGUCGCGGGAAGACAGGUGCCAUAUAGAUAAGAAGAAGAAGAAGAAGGCGUUGCCGCGGAAUGCCAUGAGUGACCUCAGGGUAGAGCUGUCCGUGCCCUUCCCGAGCGCCAGAGAAGCGGAGGUCGCGUACCAAGUGCUCAGAGUCGACAAGGAGCCGUCGAGAAGCGGAGUCACCAAGAAGCUCACGUUGAACGACAACCUUCUGGAGGCGUCGUUCAGCGGCAAGGAAGCGAGGAGCGUGCGCGUAGGCCUCACGUCCUUCUUCCAAAAUCUACUGCUGGUCACGGAGACCAUUCAACAAUUCGGCCCACCUGAACCGACGUACGCUCAUUACUGAGCCGACACUU